UGUUGAUAUUAUUUUCAUUUAUUUUAACUAUUGACUAUAAUUUACAAAAUGUUCUGUAUUAUUUAUUUUUGAUUGACAAAAAAAUUAAGAUUUUAGAAACUUAUUACUUGCGCUGUUGGUAAUAAUCAUUGCUUCUGAAGUCAUUGCUUCACAGACAAUUUAUGGAUAAAUAUUGUACUGCGGUAUGGAAAGAAGGGUUAAAAACCAUACAAGAAAACAUUCCUGUUUGUUGGAUAGAUAUGAUAGAGAAGUGUGUACGUUAUCCUUCUGAGCCGGAUAGACCUGUCAUUCAAAUGAUUACAGAUUGCACAGAGCCUGACAUACAAUGGUUUUCAUUUCCACUUCAAAAAGUGAAACGUUUUAGUGAUUCUUUAGUGGAACUUGAAAAUUUAUAUAAUGUAACUACUGAGGAAGACACUGGGUCAGCAAAUGUAGAGCUAAUAAAUACAAAUAAAAACAAUGAUCUUCAAUGUUUUUACAAAGCAAGUGUAGCUAACGAAAAGUUGACAUCAAUGCAGCAUUCUUUAUCUACUAAGAAAGGAAAAGUUCUUAAAGCUUGUUAUGAUACAAUAACAGAAACACUGGUGGAUUAUCCUGUGAUUCAAAAUUUUUUGGAAAAACCAAAUAAUGGUAAAAAACGAGAAGGAUGGUUGGUGAAAUCAAAUUCACCUAAAAAAAAAAAAAAAAGCGGAACAUAAAUGAAGAAGCUGUUGACGAUUCAUCUGGUGAGUUUUCACACAAAGGGGAUGUACAUUUUAUUUUAAAUAAUGAUACAUCACUUAAAAAUAAAGAAGACAAAAUAAAUAAUUAUCUCCCUGUCAAGAGUUUUAAAGGUGGACGACCAAAAAAAAUUCAAGUUGACCAAUUUCCUAUAGACAUGGGAAGCUUUCAGCAAAAAGUUUUGUUUUGUUUAAGCGACCUUAAAGAAAAAAUGCAACUAAUCGAAAAACAACAAUCAAAGAUUCUUUCAUUUCUAUCAAAGAGUGAAAAUGAAGAUGUAGAUGAUUUCGAACAAACGACUACCACCGAAGAACUUUUGGCACUCGAAAAAAAAAUAGUUGACAAUAAAAAAAUUAAACUAAUGCUUCAGAGGAAGGUGGAAGUUAUAGGUUUAACAUGUAAGUCCAUGAGCGAGCAUGUUCGUUGUUCUCUAAAUGCAAUGUCAUGCAAGUUGCAAAUAAAUAUAAAUGUUAUGUAUGGUAAUAAUGUACCGUUAAAGUCAUAUACGGACCAUUUGUCUUUGGUCCAUCAUCUUCCAACUUUUUAUUCAUUAUUACUCAGAUCAUUAUCUAAUGUUUGGAAUUCCUCAGAAAAAGAAACCAAACGAGUUAUAUCAGAGUGGCUUAAACAAGCAGGAAAACGUUUUAAUAGACUACCACCAUGUUAGGCUGUCAAACUUUUUAUCAAAUGAUGAUUUGAGUUAUUUUAAUAAUAAAAGUACUUAUUAUUUA